AUGUUUCUGCCCCGGACAUCUCCCCAGAAGUAUCAGGGCCAUAUGCUCACGCGCAGCAAAAAGCGUAAGCUUUCUGAAGAGGCAGACAUCCCACCAUCGAAGCAUAGCAGGCUGCUUCAACUUCAACGCAAUCCUCACUUGGACUCCUCGAGUUCGUGGCGCUCGAAACCAGAUCCGACCGUGGCCUCCCCCUUCCCCUCGCUUCCAACCGAGAUCAUCAUCAUGAUAUAUUCCUAUAUUCCCGACUGCGUGCCCACUGUAUCCCUCGCCUUGACAUGCCGUCGACACUGGCAGAUAAGCCGACCCUUCAUUAAAUCCCGCGUCGAAGAGGCGUCCAGCUGGGCUGGUGAUCGCAUCAUCUGUCUGGGUCACUACUGCGAGGAGGCUUCGCUGAUCGUUCUAGAUGAUAUUGAAUUCGAGGACGAGGACGAGGACGAUGACACCGACGACGGAAGAACUCCUCAUAUUUCGCUAUACGAAUAUGCGGAAGAGUUCAAGAACGAGAGCGAAUUUGACCUUCGUUAUGAACUCAGACGGACCCUGUUGAGAGGAUCGUGGACAGAUGAGACCGACUGCUCACUCUUUGAUAUUCUCGCUGACGACCUUGCAUAUUGGACGCCGGAAUCAUCGAUGGACCAGCUGAUCCUCCGCAAUUUAACCACAGGUGAAUAUGUAAACGGCAAGGCUUUCGAGAGGACCAAGAGCCUCUGGCUUGAGCGGAAUCCUGACUCAGAUCUAGCUGAGUAUUUCUCGGACUACGAUUUCGGCCAGAUCGUUGUCAUGCGCACGAGUUGGUCUGCUCAGGGCUCCACUGCGAUGAGGUAUACCGGGGAUCUGCAUCGAGGAAUAUGGGCCGGCCAUCGAUUUAAGAUCGUAACGGCGAAAGAGAUGCAGAAGGAUAAGAAGAAGCGGGGGUGGAAGGACGAGUUUUGCUACGCUCCACAAUAA